AUGGGCUACAGCCACCAGUGCGGGAAGCAGAAGCCUUUAGAUGACCAGUUAUUUUACAUUUUUGGACUAAAGUUAAAUUUUAAACAACAAGCUGGUGAGCAGCCUCAGCCUGCCUCUUUUGUUCCAUCAGAGACUCUCAUGUCACCAGGUUAUGCAGGACAAUUUUUUCAGCCAGCAUCCAACUCAGAUUAUUAUUCACAAUCUCCUUACAUUGACAGUUUUGAUGAAGAGCCUCCUUUGCUAGAAGAUAAGUUAAGGAAGUAACUUGGAAUCCAUUUUGAUCACACAUGGCAAAAAACUUGGACAGUGUUAAACCCAAUGAAGCCAGCAGAUGGCAGUAUUGUGAAUGAAACGGACCUCACUGGACCCAUUCUUUUUUGUAUAGCCCUGGGAGCCACCUUGCUUCUGGCAGGAAAAGUUCAGUUUGGUUAUGUGUAUGGCAUGAGUGCCAUUGGUUGCCUUGUGAUUCAUGCCUUACUGAAUCUGAUGAGCUCUUCAGGGGUGUCAUACGGCUGUGUGGCCAGCGUGCUGGGUUACUGCCUGCUCCCCAUGGUCAUCCUGUCUGGCUGCGCCAUGUUCUUUUCAUUGCAGGGCACCUUUGGAACCGUAUCAUCCCUGGUGAUCAUUGGCUGGUGUAGUCUCUCAGCUUCCAAGAUCCUCAUUGCAGCCUUGCACAUGGAAGGACAGCAGCUUCUUGUUGCCUACCCUUGUGCCUUACUUUAUGGACUUUUUGCCCUCCUAACAAUUUUCUAAAGAAUGUUUGAGACAGCAUUUCAAGACUCUAUUUGCUUGCUGUCCAGAUUAUUUUGGAAAUAAAUUAACAUUCAAAUUUGAUGAUAUGAUUUUUGUUUUAUUGCUUUUGAAAGAGUAAUAAGCAGAGAGACAAAGCAGCACUUAAGGGUGGUGCUCUAAUAGCCCAUUGAUUUGAAUGAUGUUUUGCUUUUGAGUUUGGUGCAUUAAAACAUUUCAAA